UAGAAUGACCAGUAGAAUUAGAAAUUGAUCGUGAUCAAGAUCUAAGAAGGGUCAAACAUGGUGUUACCUCUCUACAGCUUGAACACCCUCAGAUUGGGCUAUUCAAUAGUUUCUUGUACAUUUGCUUCCACAGCUAAAAUAUUUGUUGCUGGAGACCUAAAACCCUCACACAUUUCUCUUCAAAAUCAUCUACUUCACAGAUCCAUCACCUCAAAAAUCUCAGCAGACCGACACAAUUUCACAGUCGCUUACCUCAUAAACUCAUGUGGGUUGUCCCCAGAAGGCGCAAUUUCAUCAUCCAAGUGGGUAGAGUUGCAAUCCUCACAAGGAGCAGACUCUGUUUUGGCCCUUUUGAGCAAACAUGGACUCUCUGAAACCCAGAUCUCAAAGGUUGUCAGUUCACGCCCUGCUAUUCUUGUAGCUGAUCCUGAGAAAACCCUUUUGCCCAAGCUUGAGUUUUUCAGCUCUGUUGUAGUUUCAAGGGAAGACUUUGCUAGAAUUCUAUGUUUUAAUCCCCACCUUUUGUCAAGAAGCUUGGAGAAUCAUAUUAUACCCGCUUAUAAUUUUCUCAGGAGUCUGAUUUCCGAGGAAAAUGUAGUUGCUGUUUUGAAGCGCAGCUCAUGGAUUUUCCUGGAAAAUCGCAGAAAGAAUGUGGUCCCCAAUAUUGAGCUUUUGAGGGAAUUGGGUAUGCCCCAAUCAUGCAUUGCUAGCUCACAACACUAAGAUCUUGAUAC